UCUCCUGAGGAGAUGAGGGAGACGCGGCCGGGCCGGAGCUAGCGCGACCCGCGCCUCUCCCCCGUCCUCCCCUCUCCCGCGUCCCCGACCACCAUGAGGGAAGAGAGAGAAGCCGCCGCGGCCGCCUCCCACCACGGACCCAGCAAAGCCCCGCAGCACUGCCAGCAGCCGGACGGCGGCGGGGCGGCUGCCCCCCUGGCGCUCCCCGGCGGCGGCGGCAGCAACCCGGAGAGCCUGCGGAACGGCUACGUGAAGAGCUGCGCGACCCCCCUGAGGCAGGACCCCCCGAAGAGCUUCCUCUCUCUGCUGCUGUUCCCUGCCGCCGCCGCCGCCUCCUCCCGGGCUCUGCUCAGCCUGGGCGCCCUGGCCGCCCUUGUCCUCUCGCUCCUGGCCUUUCACGGCCGGGGCAGCGCCGGGGGCCAGCAGGACGGGAGCAGCUGGCGCAGCCCCCGGCCGUUGCACGCCUUGCUGUGCCUGUCCCGCUGCCUCAGCCCCCUCUUCAGCAUCGCCUGUGCCUUCUUCUUCCUCACCUGCUACUUGGCCCGCGGCAGGCGCGGAGAGCACGGCGGCGGCACGACCCGCUGGUGGCUGCUGGCGCUUCCCGUGUGCUGCUACUCGGGGGACUUCGUGGCGCUGCAGUGGCUGCUGCCCGCGGAGGGGCAUGGAGAGGAGCCCCAGCCCCCCGCCGAGCCGCAGAUGGUCCUGGGCAGGCUCCUGACGGUGCUGGGCUCGGUGGCAGCGCUGACCCUGCUGCAGAGCUCCCUGAAGUUGCGCCGGAGCCUCCUCGUCUUGGUCUUCUCCAGCCUGGUGUGGCUGGUGUCGCUCACCAGCCUUCACUCGCUCCCCCCAGCCCUCAGACCGCUGCUGGCCGGCUCGGUCGGGGUGGCAGGCUGCCUGCUGGCACUCUGUGGCGGGGAGCACGGCAUCUUCUCGGCUCAGAGCCGAGGAGCGCACCACCAGCAUCAUCACCACCCACGGCUCCCCAGCGUGGAGGAAAAAGUGCCUGUGAUCAGACCCAGGAGGAGAUCUAGCUGCGUAUCCUUAGGGGAGACUUCGGCCAGCUACUAUGGCAGCUGCAAAAUGUUUAGGAGACCCUCGUUGCCUUGCAUUUCCAGAGAGCAGAUGAUACUUUGGGAUUGGGAUUUGAAGCAAUGGUACAAGCCCUAUUACCAGAAUGCUGGCAGUGGAAAUGGAGUUGAUCUCUCAGUACUAAAUGAGACUCGGAGCAUGCUAACAGACCUCCUGACUGACCCAUCCCUUCCACCACAAGUGAUUUCUUCCCUUCGAAGCAUUAAUAGUUUGAUUGGUGCUUUCUCAGGCACAUGCAGGCCAAAGGCUAGUCCGUUCACACCAUUUCCUGGUUUCUUCUCCCGUCCUGAAGUAGAGGAUCCUGCUGAAAAAGGAGAUCGAAAACUGCUCAAGGGAUUAAAUAGCAGGAAUAGCCUGCCAACACCACAGCUGAGACGAUCUUCAGGAGUGUCUGGCAUUCCACCUGUAGAAUCAACAUCUUCUAGAUGGGAACGGAGUAACAGCAAGAGAUCUCAUCAGGAAUAUAACACAUCAAGCCAAGGAUCUCAUUCAAAUGGGUCUUUUGGUGCAAACUUGCUGACAAUACCAAAACAAAGAUCAUCUUCUAUGACAUUGACUCAUCAUAUAGGUCCCAGACGAGCAGGUGCUUCUCCUGGCCUGAGUCCUGUGGGUUCACCUAGUCAUGGAUCUGUCUCCAGUGGGGCUUUCAGCAGCUGGUCACCUGUAGAAUUUCCUGAUACUGCUGAUUUUCUUACAAAACCAAGCAUUAAUAUACAUAAGCCUCCAGGAUACACAUUUAGUUCUCCAGAUUUUCAGCAGCAAGUUAAAACAUCUGUAGGUUAUAUGUGUAGCAGCUGUGGACAUCAGAUACCCAAGCCUGUUCCAACACCAGAACCAGAAUUUGCAGAAUAUAAAGACAGAAAAUCAGGUGAAAUUGGAAGUGCUAGUGUUUCAAAAGAAUCUUUCCACCAUACAGAGAAGAAAAAAGAUGAAAGGAAGGAAAUGAUCAAUCAAACACAAAAUAAUCUGCUUGUAGAGCAGAGUCUUACAUUAGAAACAAUGUUAUUAGACCAUGAUUCACUAAUGGAGAAGAUGAACAAUUGGAAUUUCCAAAUUUUUGACCUUGUACAAGAAAUGGGAGAUCAGUCUGGAAGGAUUCUUAGCCAGGUAACUUAUACCUUGUUUCAAGACACUGGUUUGUUUGAAAUUUUUAAAAUCCCAACUCAAGAAUUCAUGAAUUACUUCUGUGCACUAGAAAAUGGCUACCGAGAUAUUCCCUAUCACAAUCGUAUACAUGCCACAGAUGUUCUUCAUGCAGUAUGGUAUCUGACAACACGGCCCAUUCCUGGAUUUCAGCAAAUUCAUAACGAGCAUAUAAUGGAAAGUGAUAUGGAUGAAGCCAGUCGUAUUGCCCCUGUUAGAGUCAGCUAUAUUUCUUCAAAAAGUUGUUCUAUUGCUGAUGACAGUUAUGGUUGUCUGGCAUCAAACAUUCCUGCUUUGGAAUUGAUGGCUUUAUAUGUAGCAGCUGCCAUGCACGAUUAUGAUCAUCCUGGCCGUACAAAUGCUUUUCUAGUGGCUACAAAUGCACCUCAGGCUGUUCUCUACAAUGACAGAUCAGUCUUAGAAAAUCACCAUGCUGCUUCUGCCUGGAAUCUUUUCUUAUCACAACCAGAAUACAACUUUUUAUCAAAUCUUGAUCAUGUAGAAUUCAAGCGUUUUCGUUUCUUAGUGAUUGAAGCAAUCCUUGCCACAGAUCUCAAGAAGCAUUUUGAUUUCCUUGCAGAAUUUAAUGCCAAGGUCAAUGAUAUCAACAAUCAUGGUAUAGAAUGGAGCAAUGAAAAUGAUCGCCUACUGGCCUGUCAAAUAUGCAUCAAACUGGCAGAUAUUAAUGGCCCAGCAAAAGUUAGAGAGCUGCAUCUGAAAUGGACAGAAGGCAUUGUUAAUGAAUUUUAUGAACAGGGUGAUGAAGAAGCAAGUCUUGGAUUACCUAUAAGCCCUUUCAUGGAUCGUUCUUCUCCACAGCUUGCAAAACUGCAAGAAUCUUUCAUCACUCACAUAGUUGGCCCCCUUUGUAAUUCUUAUAAUGCAGCUGGGUUGCUUCCAGGGCAAUGGGUUGAUGAAGAGGAGGAGGAUGCAGAAAGUACUGAAGAUGAUGAUGGAGCACAAUUAGAGAGUGAUGAUGAUGAAAUGGAAGAUGAUCUUAUUUUAAAAGCUCAAAGAAAAAAAGGUAGACGAGUAUUUUGCCAGCUAAUACACCAUCUCAGUGAAAAUCACAAAAUAUGGAAGAAAAUGAUUGAAGAGGAGGAAAAAAAUAAAGCUGAAGGAGCUAAACUGCUGACUGAGAUCUCAUCUUUACCUCAGGCGGAUGAAAUUCAGGUUAUCGAGGAAGCUGAUGAAGAAGAUGAGCGACAACUAGGAGAAGACAAGACAUGCUAAGAAAACCUCAGUGGUGUCCAAUAUGAUGAUAGCCUAUUUUUUUUUUCCACUGUGCUGACUUUAGCCUGACACAGUUCACAUAAAAUUGAAAGGCCUUAAUACUGUGAGAGGAUUCUUUCUACUCUAGUGGAAUCCCACUCCUAUGCACUUUUGCCACACAAAAUAUGAAACUUUAUUGAAAUAUUGAGUAUUAUAUACCCUGAUGCAAAGUUCUUUAUGCCUUAGUUGGUAUAAAAUAUCCUGAUAUAAUGCUGCCUUGCUGAAUAUGGAACUCUUAUUUUCCUUGAGGUACCUGAAAUUUUUAAAAACAUUCAGUGACUUCAAUUACCAAAGUGGCAAGAACUUUAUGCUAACAAGGAAAGGUGGGAUGGAUCCUAAUAUUGUCUUGAGUUGUUUAUUUCAUGUUGUUUUGAACAUGAAUGAGAAAAAGUCUGUGCCUAUAUGAAAACUAUGUUACUGUUGCAGUGCAAGCCUGUUGUGGGGUGUCUACUUAGUGCAGUAGUGGGCUUAAUGUAGUCAUCUCAGAGCAACUAUUCAAGGACUGUGACAUAAAUGCUGAAUUCUGAUAUUUGUGGUUUAAAAAAGAAAACAAUCCAGGUGCAUCUA